ACGCUGGAUGACGCUAAGGAGGAAGCGAGCUCCCUCUCUCCCCUCCCAGGCUCCCCGCUGCCCCGCGGGAGCCCCCCAGUGCGCCUGUGCGGAGGCCUAGUUGCUAUGUGUGUCCUCUCCAGGUUCCUGUGUUAGCAUCCCGGGUGGAGGUGGGGAGGGGAGAGGAGAGGAGGAGGAGGAGGAAAAGUAGGAGGAGGAGAGGAGGGGGUGGGGUGGGGGGAGGGGGGGAAGGAGUCAGCACGGACAUGGCUCCUGACUCCAGUGCAGAACGUGAGUGACUGAGCAGCAAAGCCCGAAUGGUCUCUAGCGACCGGCCCGUGUCACUGGAGGACGAGGUCUCCCAUAGUAUGAAGGAGAUGAUUGGAGGCUGCUGCGUUUGCUCAGACGAGAGAGGCUGGGCCGAGAACCCGCUGGUUUACUGCGACGGGCACGGCUGCAGCGUCGCUGUGCAUCAAGCUUGCUAUGGCAUUGUUCAAGUACCUACUGGACCUUGGUUUUGCAGGAAAUGUGAGUCUCAGGAAAGAGCAGCAAGAGUGAGAUGUGAAUUAUGUCCUCAUAAGGAUGGUGCUUUAAAGAGAACAGAUAAUGGGGGUUGGGCUCAUGUUGUUUGUGCCCUGUAUAUUCCUGAGGUUCAGUUUGCCAACGUUUCUACGAUGGAACCUAUUGUACUGCAGUCUGUUCCACAUGAUCGUUAUAAUAAGACUUGCUACAUUUGUGAUGAACAAGGAAGAGAGAGCAAAGCCGCUACUGGUGCUUGCAUGACAUGUAAUAAGCAUGGAUGUCGACAAGCUUUCCAUGUAACCUGCGCCCAAUUUGCAGGACUCCUUUGUGAAGAAGAAGGUAAUGGGGCAGAUAAUGUCCAAUACUGUGGCUACUGUAAAUACCAUUUUAGUAAACUGAAAAAGAGCAAACGGGGAUCUAAUAGGUCAUAUGAUCAAAGUUUAAGUGAUUCUUCCUCUCACUCUCAGGAUAAACAUCAUGAGAAAGAGAAAAAAAAAUAUAAAGAAAAAGACAAACACAAACAAAAACAUAAGAAGCAACCAGAACCGUCACCAGCCUUGGUUCCUUCUUUGACAGUUACUACUGAGAAAACAUAUACAAGCACUAGCAACAGCUCUAUGUCAGGCUCUUUGAAGCGCUUGGAAGAUACAGCAGCUCGAUUUACAAAUGCAAAUUUCCAGGAAGUCUCCGCACUCACUUCAAGUGGAAACGAUGUGUCAGAGACUAGAGGGUCAGAGAGCAAAGGGAAGAAAUCAGCAGGUCACAGCUCAGGUCAGAGGGGAAGAAAGCCUGGUGGUGGAAGGAAUCCAGGAACAACUGUGUCAGCAGCUAGUCCUUUUCAGCAAGGAAGUUUUUCAGGAACUCCAGGCAGCGUAAAAUCAUCUUCUGGAAGUUCAGUUCAGUCUCCUCAGGAUUUCUUGAGCUUUACAGAAUCAGACCUGCGCAGUGACAGUUACACUCACUCCCAACAGUCAUCAUCAACCAAAGAUGUACAUAAAGGAGAAUCCGGAAGCCAGGAAGGGGGGGUGAAUAGUUUUAGUUCCUUAAUUGGUCUUCCUUCAACUUCAGCAGUUGUUUCACAGCCUAAAAAUUUUGAAAAUUCACCUGGAGACUUGGGUAAUGCCAACCUCACUGCUGCAGGAUACAAACGAGUCCAAUGUUCUGGCAUAGAAGAGGAAACUGUAAAAGAGAAGAAGAGAAAAGGAAGUAAACAAAACAAACAUGGGCCUGGUCGACCAAAGGGAAACAGAAACCCAGAGAGUGCUUCCCAUCUUUCUGUUUCAUCUGCUUCUCCAACUUCAUCUGUAGCAUCUGCUGCAGGGAGUCUAACAAGCUCUAGUCUCCAGAAAUCUCCUCCAUUGCUCAGGAAUGGAAGUUUACAAAGUCUUAGUGUUGGCUCUUCUCCUGUUGGUUCAGGUAUUUAUAGCAGCAAUGAUGUAGCAGUAUCAUUUCCGAAUGCAGUAUCUGGCUCAGGAUCCAGUACUCCUGUUUCCAGUUCUCAUUUACCUCCACAGUCUUCUGGUCAUUUGCAACAAGUAGGAAGUUUGUCUCCUUCCGCCACAUCAUCUGUAACCACUGCUGUUGCUACAACUCAGGCAAAUACUCUGUCUGGAUCUUCCUUAAGUCUGGCUCCAUCCCAUAUGUAUGGCAAUAGGUUAAAUCCAAAUUCUGCAAUGGCAACUCUUAUAGCUCACUCAGAAAAUAGUCAAGCAGAUCCAGAUCUCGGAGACAAUGGCCGCAGCCUUGUUGGCAGGGGAAGCUCACCCAGAGGAAGUCUCUCGCCACGCUCCCCUGUAAGCAGCUUGCAGAUUCGCUAUGACCAGUCAGGCAAUAGCAGUUUGGAAAAUCUGCCUCCGGUAGCAGCCAGCAUAGAGCAGCUUUUGGAGAGGCAAUGGAGUGAAGGACAGCAGUUUUUGCUAGAACAGGGCACCCCUAGUGACAUUCUAGGAAUGCUGAAGUCCUUACACCAGCUUCAGGUCGAAAACCGCAGACUGGAGGAACAGAUCAAGAACCUGACGGCGAAGAAAGAGCGCCUCCAGCUCCUGAACGCGCAGCUGUCGGUGCCCUUCCCCACCCUGACCGCCAAUCCCAGCCCGUCGCACCAAGCGCACCCGUUUCCUGCACAGGCCGCUCCCACCGCGGAUUCCUUGAAUAGCAGUAAGAGCCCCCAUCUAGGGAACAGCUUUCUGCCUGACAGUUCUCUUCCGGCGCUGAAUCAGGACUUAACUUCCAGCGGACAAAGCACCAGCAGCUCCUCGGCCCUCUCCACACCGCCUCCCGCCGGGCAGAGUCCGGCUCAACCAGGCUCCGGAGUGGCCGGAGUUCAGCAGGUCAACGGUGUGACGGUGGGGGCACUGGCCGGGGGCAUGCAGACGGUCACUUCCACCCUGCCCGCGGUGCCAGCCGUGGGGGGGAUCAUUGGCGCUCUGCCAGGUAACCAGCUGGCCAUCAAUGGCAUCGUGGGAGCUUUGAACGGCGUCAUCCAGACCCCGGUCACCCUAUCGCAGAACCCGCCUUCCCUCCCCCACCCCGCAGUGCCGCCCAGCGCAGCCCACGCGCUCCCCGCACCGCUCAACAGCAGUGCCUCAGGACUAGGCUUAUUGUCUGAUCAGCAAAGACAACUACUUCUACACCAACAGCAGUUUCAACAAUUAUUGAAUUCUCAGCAACUUACAUCAGAACAACACCAGGCCCUCCUUUAUCAAUUAGUACAGCAGCAGCAACAGCAGCACCAGCAGCAGCACCACCACCAGCCCGAACUACAGCAGCUCCAACUCCCAGGGCCAUCGCAGAUCCCCAUCAAUAACCUUCUUGCAGGCCCCCCAGCACCUCCCCUUCACCCAGCUACCACCAACCCCUUCCUCACCAUUCAUGGGGAUAGCCCAGCUCAGAAAGUAACAGUGAGACGCCAGCCGGGGGAAGGAAGGAAGAAAUCGUCUCUGGAGACUGACGGUGUCUGACUGCCCUCCCCCUGGCCAUGAACUCUUCAUCGGGUGGUUGGCCAUCCACCUGGCAUGGGCCAGGGGCAGCAUGGGAAAUCCUGGAUUCCUGAAAAAAGUCAAGGGCGAGGCAUUCUGGGAGCAGGAGCUUCCCACCGUCCAUCCAGCCGACGACUGCCACGCACGAAAAGCCAAGAUGGAGUCACCAAAGACCUUCAGAGGACAGACGGGCUGUCCCUCGGGUUUCCCUCAAUGGCAGAGGGUUCGGCCCUGUGGGGCUUCAUGGACCCUCCCCCACAGCCCCGGGGCUGGCUGCUCAAAGUGCCCCCAAGUGAGCUCGGUGGCCAUCCGCGUCCAGACCCUUUGGUUUGGAAUGUCUACAAUGCUCACCUCAGAAGCGAAACGGCGUUGAGUCAUUUCAGUCGUGUCUGACUCUUUGUGACCCCAGUGGAGGUCUUUGUGAUGAAGAUACUGGAGGUGUUUGUCCAUUUUUUAUCCAACUCAUUUUACAGACGAGGAAACUGAGGCAAAUGGGGCUCAAUGACUCACCCAGCAUCACACAGCUAGAUCUGAACUCGAGGGGCAGCGCUCUAUCCACUGCUCCUUACCUACCCUAAAGGACACGAAGGCCACCGUCUCAAAAUGACCUUCAAACCGUCUCCUGUUUCACCAAAGUGAAGCUCCUGUUUUUGUGAAAUGGAUUGAGACCAAAGUCCUUCUGAAAACUCGGAAGCCCUCAAUUUACCCUUAAAAAUCAUUCUCUGAGAUGAUAAGUCAGAAGAUUUCAGGAAAAAAGCUGGAGAUCUGCAGGAACAGCAGAGCGAAAUAGGCAGGAUUGGGAGAACGUUGUACACGGUAACAGCGAUGUUGGAUGAUGAUCGUCUGUGAAAACUUGGCAGAGAAAGAACUGUUGGAGUCGCCCUCUGCAUCAUUUUUGUUUUAUUUUGGCUCACAUAAUGCACAGUUUUAUUUGGAGGCUUUGGUUACGGAUGCUCUUACAACGAUCCAUGUAAAAGUAUGGUUCACAUGGCAAUAAAAAUACAAUUUAAAACGAAAAUGAAAACAACUCUCUAAAGCAAUCCAGAAAACGGUGUGUUGAAAUGGGUUUGGAGACAGAAGACCUGGGUUCAAAUACUUGUUCUACCCUCUCACUAAACUACCUGUGUGGGGAAAUUGGACUCUAGGGGGCCCUUCAGCUCCCAACUCUAUUCUAUGGUGCUCUGAUGAUUCGUUGUGACGAACACAAGGGCCUGGCCUUGCUUCGUGGGCACAAGCUCCAACAGGUGCUGCCAUCUUGGGAAGAGUAUAUCGAGAGCCAAGGAGAGUCUCCAGAAAGCCCGAGACCGGGUGUCCUGUGAGCUGUGGCGCCAUGUUUUUCUCUCCGAUGACAAGAGAAGAUCUGUUCUGCCCAUGUACUUCUCUCUCGCCUCACUGACUGAGAUAUGGGAAUGACCACUCUGGCCAGGAAGUCACUUCCAUUUGGAGAAAUGGGGCACUUCCGGGAGUCCUAGUGAAGAGGAAAUAGGAUUACCAUUGAACAUCUGAUGGGAAUAAUCCUGGGAAAAUGCAUCCAGCCAUUCCUGCUGCCUCUCUCCUGGUGUCUGUGCCCAAAAAAGAUCCUAGGAGGAUACGGGGAAAAGGGACCGACAGCUAAAGAAACGGAGCGCCUUCGAGAUGCCGAUGUAGGGUCUCUUCCAGGCAAAGCAACGCCACACAGAUGGGGAAACUUCGCCAUAACUUACGUUUUCUUGGUCUCGCUCUCCUUUGGGUGGACUGUAAUGACACGUCCCCAAACCAAACCUGCCCCGACAUACGUGUCAGCGAGCCGAACGGAUCUCCCAGAGGGUUGAGGCAGGAAAGCGAGCCGGGUCUGCCUUGGACUUCUGGCCAAGACCCUUCUUCCUCUUCCUCCCCGAAAAUCAGACUCCUAAAGUGGUUCAACUUUGUAUUCUACGAGGAGCAUUUCCUUCUCCUGAACCAGAGGGAAAAUGAGUGUAACGUCUCUGUUUUACAGGGCAAUAAUCCAGCCUCCCAAGUGAAUCAAGGCCAAGGCUGAAGGCCAAGUAGUUUAUUCAAACAAGGGGCUGGGAAUGCUGCCAAAGCAAAGACCACAGGGCUGGCCCACCCUGUAACCCUGUUAUCACUCCUGGCUUUACAGGUGACUUAGAGACGGGGACAGCCCCGCCAGGAAAGAGAGAAAGAGCAGUUUUGUUUUUACAAGUGACUAAGAUGAAAAUCAAAUCUGAAGCUCGAGCACGGAAGUAACCCUGCACUUUAAAAAGUUACUUCUAUUUUUCAGUCGGCCAAAAUCUGCCUUUUCUGCGUCUUGCCCCAAUUCACUCUCCCACCCAUAUUGUGAACAAAAGAAAAACAAAACUCAUGUAUUUUCAAGCAAAAUAAAUUUCUACCUUGGUCAUUGUCUUAAGAGAAUUCUCCUAUGAAAUCAAAACCAACCCACAAAACCAUAAAUAAAUUCAUGUGAAAGACAGGAAAAAAAACUCCAAACUAAAAAAAAACUUCAUGUCCCAAAAUGUAUGCCGCCUCCUGCACCUCGAGUCCUUCCCUUCUCUUCUAGGAGAACUUGUUUUAUUAUUAGUCUUUUGGAAUUGUAGCUCUUUGAUCAGUUCCUCAUUCUCUCCGAGUUGCUUGUGUCUACCAUAUUGUUUUCAUUGUUCUCCAUAGUCCUCUUCGCUUCUCUUUGCAUCGGUUCACGUCUUCCCAGUGUCCCCUGAUUCCCUGUCUCUCCAUCGUUUCUUCCAGCACUUACUUGCAUGCCAUACCUUGUUCAGCCAUCCAGAAACUCAUUCCUGCUGUCUCAGACUUGAUAUUAAGGCUAGGCUCUGCCCUCUUCCACAGAGAAGGACUGGGGAGAUCUUGCUUUCUUGGGAGUAUUGAGUGUUGCAUUUGUGCGAUCCAGGGCAAAGUCCAAUGGCUGCCUCCUUGGUCCGAGCUCUGCAGAUUCCUAGCGUUGGUUUGGGUCUGAACAAUGGGGUGUCGCUGCUGGUCUCACUUCAAUGAGCCAGUUGGGAAACUCUACUGGCUCACCUUCCUCUUGGGGUGGGAUUCAUGUGCCUCAAUUAUUCCUCUACAGGCUUCAUGGUACCUCUCUCUGUUCCUAUGAUCCAGAACCUCCGCCUUUCUCAGAACACUUCCUCAAGGCUCCUCCCUAGGACAAAACACCAUCCCUCGUCUGCCCUGCCUCGAUGAGCUGGAAAUAGGUAGAGGGCAACCAAGCUGUCCGCUGGCUCCCCUUCCCAUUGCACGGGCUCUGCAUGGACCUUUUCCUGUCUGGACACGAUCUCUCCUUGCUCUGGAUUGCUCUGCAUGACCGCAGACCUCUCUGUGGCCAUCUGGCCGGAAAAAGGGCUCCCUCUGACUUUUCCCUGGGAUUUUCCCACCAGAAUUUGCUUUGGAGGAGUUUGGGAUGAUCCCAGCUCUGCCUCCUCGCUGGGAUUUUUGGCAGUAAUUCAAAUGGGACUCAAGCACUGACAAGUCACCUCAUGGGUCAGGUUUUGAAUAUGGAAUUCCCAGUAUCCGGGACAGUUUGGGGAACAGAUGGGUUCUUGCUCCCCGUUUGACUGGACAUCAGAGAUCUGGCCUGGCUAACUUUGGAAAUGUUCAUGACUGAGCAGAACCCAGGACGAUUUUGUUUUCUUUUGUUUUGGGGUGCAGCAACUUGCCUUAACCUACUAAUGAAGUGGCGGUGGCUUGGGUUGGUAGGUAUUAGCUAUGCAAAAGACCAAUGAGAUACCCUGGGUAUUGGAAGUAUUGAUUAUUCAAUUCAUACAUUUGCACAAGGUCAUCUAGGUGAUUUAGCCGCUAAAAUACGGGGUUCAAAUUUGACUUCAGACACUAGCUGUGUGUCCCUGAGCAAGUCAAUCUCUUUUUGCUUCUGCUUCCUCAUCUGCAAAAUGGGGAUAAAAAGAGCACCUGCCUCCCAGGGUUGUCAGGAGGACCAUGUGAGAUAAUAAUUGUAAGUGCUAU